UUUGUUUUUUUCGUGAAAACUUCUCGGCGAGGCCCAGUUCCGCUCCGCGUGUGCCCGGCGGGCGGAGCCGGGCGGUGCCAGCGGGGGCUCCCGGGCCCGGGCGCUCCUCCUUCGGCGGGCGGAGCACCGGCACCCGCAAGGGAGGGGCCGGCAGCGGGAACGGCACCGGGAGCGCGGCCAUGGCCGGGCCUGAGGCCGCGGGUGCUGCCGCCGCCGCUGAGGGGAGCGAAGCCGGGAAUGGCGGCCGCGAUGGCUACGACGGGAAGUGCGUGUUCUGCAGGAUCGCCCGCCGGGAGGAGCCGGGCACGGCGCUGCUCCCCUGCGAGGAUGAAGACCUUGUUUGCUUUAGAGAUAUAAAACCUGGUGCCCCCCACCACUACCUGGUGGUGCCCGUGAAGCACAUGGGAAACUGCAAAACACUGAAGACAGAGCACAUACCUCUAGUGAAGAGAAUGAUGGAAGUGGGAAAAGCUGUUCUCCUGAAGAAUAAUUUUAGUGACCUGAAUGAUGUAAGAAUGGGUUUUCACUGGCCACCGUUCUGCUCCAUAGCCCACUUGCAUCUGCACGUCCUGGCCCCAGCCAGUCAGCUGGGGUUCUUAUCCAGGAUCUACUACAGAAUCAAUUCCUACUGGUUUAUCACGGCUGAACAACUGAUCGAGAGACUGCAAGCUGGAAAUGCUGCCAGCUGAAAGCGUGUGUUGUCAGCCAGUUUGGUCUUUGAGCUCUGAUUUAAGAUUGCACAGUUUGAUGUUGCCAAUAAUAUCCCAGGAUAAAAAAAGCUUUAGUUCCUUAUGAGGAAAUACACACAGAAUUUGUAGCUGCUAACCUAAUUCUUCCAUUUGGAUAUGUCAGUCUGUGACAUAUAAUAGCGCGAUGUGUUUUAGUUAAAAUUUUAAUUUGCGUAGAUACAUACAUAAUAUGCACACACAUGCACACAGGCAUAGAACUCUUCCUAUUAAAAGGCAAAGCGUAGCUGCAGAAUGUACAACUAGCAGCAUAUGAAUGGUACCAAAGGGAGUACUUGCUGCAGAAUCAAGCUUUCAUUGUCAAGAUGCAUUGUUCUGGGAUUGCAGGUAGCAUCUCAAACAUUUGUUCCCACCUGCAUUUGUAUGAUAUGUUACUUAUGCCUAGUGAUGAGUAGGUACAUUGCUGAAAGUACAGUACUGACUUCCUGGUGCAAAACCACUUUACCUGACUUGUUUGCAUCACAGUGACACAUUAAACAUGAAUACAGUAUGUGCCCAAAAUGUGAGAAUGCUCUAUAACAUAGAAUAUAGUUUAUAUGUAAAUAGACCUUAAGAUUUUUUUCCCUCUUAUUUGCACAAUGUUUGCAUUUAGUAUAUGUUUACAAAGAAUGCGAAGAGUUCAAAAGAAUGCAUUUAAUAUACUGCUCUUCUACAUGGCAGUAGAUAGAAAAGUCCGGAUUUUCUGGUCUUAUUCUCACUGCAAGUCCCUUGCAGAUUACUAAUGCCUUGUCCAAAUUUGGAUUCUAAAUGAAGUCAUAAGAGAAGCUGGUCUGAAAUGCUGUCUGUGUGUGUGUGUGUGUGUGUGUGUGUGUGUGUGUGUGUGUGUGGCAGACUUAUAUAACAGCAAUGUGAUGUGACUUUGGGGUAGGAGGGACUCAGCCCAAAACCGGAACAUGCCAAGUUGCUUAAGGAACCUGUUGAACAUUUGCCUUUGCUGCAUGACUCUAAUCAGGAAUGCUAGCACUUGUUUUUCAGUACCAUAAUAAGGCAGACUGUUUGGCAAGUUAAAACUCCAGAACACAUGGAGUGGAUUUUCUCUGUUCACAGAGCUUGUCUUGGUGCCGAGCUAACCAAGUGCCCUUGCCUGAUGCAUUCAGAUGCAGCUGAGGUGAGAACAUCUGUUGCACCUGCAAGCUUCCCUGAACAUAAUAGUCUGUGUUUUCCAUGGAUCUUGCACCUGUUGCCUUAGUGAUACAAUGUGUUGUAAUAUUCUUACAGUACUUCUGAGAGUAUACCCCCUUCUGAAGAACUGCAUUUUCUACUUGGCAGAGUUUAUACCUUUCUGUCUGUAAGAUCUUCUUCCUAAUGUCUUGUUAUAUGUAUUAGUGGGCACUUGCAUGUUAUUUGCAGCCCUUUGGGGUUUUAAUUUGUUAUAUUUGGUAGGAAAAGUGUGACUUAAAGCCACUGAACUUUGACUGUGCAAUAGAUGAAGAGGUUUGAGCUGGCUCCUGAAUUAGUGAAAUACCUGUACAUUAAGGACUUCCAGGAGUUAAUGUGUAUGUGUUCUGAUCUGUAAUUAAUUUAUGUAACUGUACUGAACUGUGACAUGUAAUAUUUAAAAUAUCAACAUGAACUGUUGUCAAAAAGGAUUAAUAAAUGCUUAUCUUGGGAUGA